AUGGAGAACUGGAAGAACUUGAUGCAUGCAUAUUCCAACAAUGUAUUUGUGACGAUAUUUCUGUCAAAUUUCGCAUCGUUGCUAGUAAAUCCGACUAUUGCAGACGUUACCAUGGAAGUUGUGUGCCUUGGAAAAGAUGAAUGUUCACUCUCCAUUUAUCUCUCCGGCUUCCAACAGGCUAUUGCAGGAUUGGCGUCUGUGUUUAUGAUGCCAUUGAUUGGGAAUUUAUCCGACACAUAUGAUCGAAAACUGUUGCUCACAAUCCCUUUAACCCUCGCAAUCAUCCCUUUUGUAAUAUUGGGUACGAAGAGGACAACAGAGUUUUUCUACGUGUACUAUGUUGUGAAGACUCUAACAUCCACGCUAACGGAUGGUGGCACCAUCUGCCUCGCGCUUAGUUAUAUGGCCGAUAAUGUAUCCGAGGGGAAGCGUGUGUCCGCAUUUGGGAUAUUCUCCAGUGUGGUCUCAGCAGCAAUGGUUUGUGGAACAUUAACUGCUCGAAUUCUCCCCACAGAUCGUAUAUAUCAGGUAGCGGCCGUUGUAGCCAUUGUGGCAGCAGUUUACAUGAGAAUCUUUCUUGAGGACGAUCGAAGGAUGGCCCACCUUCCCAACGACGGUGUUGAGCAGCCAAUGUUGAAGUCCACAACUGAAGAAGAAAGAAACGAGUCGUUGAAGACCACAGAUUUGAUGAAGUUGCCAAAGGACAUGUAUCGUUUGUUCAAGACUAGCAAUACUGUCUCAUUGGCCUCGUUCGUUGCCUUCUUUAACAGCCUUGCUGAGGCAGGGAUUGCUGCUUUCUUGAUGUAUUUCUUAAAGGCGCGGUUCCAUUUCCAGAAAGAUCAAUUCGCUGAUAUAUGGCUUAUCACAUAUGCUGCAGCGACCUUCUCAACCUUAACACCAAGUGUGGGCUCUUUAUUACAGAUGCUGCUUGACAGCAUAGCUUGGGCACCUUGGGUCCCUUAUGCUUCUGCCUUCUUUGGAAUCUUCCUCUUCCUACCAAGUCCAAGUAUAAGAUGCAUCAUUUCAAGAAAAGUGAGGGCUCAUGACCAAUCAUUGAUGAGAAAUUGUUCAUCAGGGAUGUCUUCAUUAGCUAAUGUCGUCUCUCCAUUAAUCUUUAGCCCUCUCUCUGCUUUGUUCCUUUCCGGCGACGCCCCAUUCACUUUCCCCGGUUUUAGUAUCUUGAGUGUUGGCCUCGCCUACGUAAGAUUUCUCCGUUUUAGUUCAUGA